AUGUCGCUCGAUGAGAAGGAAAAAGCUGAUAUUGCGGUGAUUGGCCUCGCCGUGAUGGGACAAAAUUUAAUUCUUAACAUGCUUGACAAAGGCUUCGUGGUCUGCGUGUACAAUCGAACUGUAGCGAAAGUGGAUGAUUUCAUGGAGAAUGAAGGAAAAGGUCUACGGGUUAUUGGAGCGCACAGUUUAUCAGAAUUAGCCGAAGUUCUAAAGAAACCACGGCGUAUAAUGUUAAUGGUAAAAGCGGGGCAACCAGUGGAUGCAAUGAUUUCCAGCGUCUUGCCUUUUCUGGAUAAAGAUGACAUAAUUAUUGACGGUGGGAAUAGUGAGUAUACAGAUACAUCUCGACGUUGCAUGGAACUCAAGGAGAAGGGUAUUCGUUUCGUGGGUUGCGGUGUAAGUGGUGGUGAGGAAGGAGCGCGUUAUGGUCCAUCAUUGAUGCCAGGUGGUUCACCGGAAGCUUGGCCAUACAUAAAGGAUAUAUUCCAAGCAAUAUCAGCUAAAGUUGACAAGGAGCCUUGUUGUGACUGGGUUGGUGAAAAUGGUGCUGGACAUUUUGUGAAAAUGGUUCAUAAUGGAAUUGAAUAUGGUGACAUGCAGUUGAUUGCAGAAGCUUAUAGUCUACUGAAAGACGGAGCUGAUUUGACACAUGAUGAAAUGGCAGAGGUGUUCGCGGAAUGGAAUAAAGGCGCACUGGAUUCAUAUCUGAUAGAAAUUACAAGUCAUAUUCUUAAAUUCAAAAAUGAAAAGAACCAGACCCUAUUGCCAAAUAUUAGAGACGCUGCUGGGCAGAAAGGGACUGGCAAAUGGACGGGAAUCGUUGCCUUGAACUAUGGAGUGCCACUUACUUUGAUUGGUGAAGCUGUUUUUGCUCGUUGCUUAUCAUCGUUGAAGGAUGAUCGAGUCGCAGCAGCCAAAGUUUUGCCGGGACCUAAUCCUGAUAAAUCUGGCAUUGUUGGUGACAGAAGAACAUUUUGUGAUCACGUUAGGAAAGCUUUAUACGCAUCAAAAAUCAUAAGCUACGCACAAGGAUUCAUGCUUUUUGCCGAAGCAAACCGUGUGUUCAACUGGAAUCUGAAUUUUGGAGCAAUUGCACUGAUGUGGCGUGGGGGGUGCAUUAUUCGCUCGCGUUUUUUGGGUGAAAUAAAGAAAGCUUUUGAUACCAAUCCCAAACUUGGUAAUCUGUUAAUGGAUAGUUUCUUCGUAAAUGCUAUCAAGAAAUGCCAGGAAUCCUGGCGCAUUGUUAGUGCUGCUGGAAUUUUACUUGGUAUACCAACGCCAGCUUUUUCAACUGCACUUGCAUUUUAUGACGGCUUCCGUUGCGAAGUACUGCCAGCAAAUCUUAUUCAGGCCCAGCGUGACUAUUUCGGUGCUCAUAUGUACGAAUUAAUGGAUAAACCGGGUACAUUCUUACACACAAAUUGGACUGGUACUGGUGGUAAUGUUACUUCUACAGCGUAUGUUCAAUGA